AUGUAUCUCCCAAAGAAAACUCUACAUGCUAUUGAUCAAACCUGUGCUAACUUUAUGUGGGAUUCUGAACCUCAGAGGAAGAAAACCCAUUUAGUUGCUUGGCUUAAAUCCCGUGGGGAUACAGAAUUAGGGGGACUUAGUGUUAGGUCUGUUGUUAUAAUGAACCAAGUGCUCAUGACUAAACUUUGCUGGAAAGUUAAAUCAAGAUCAAACCUUGCCAAUAGGUUAAUAAAGGAGAAGUAUAUAGACAAUAGGCCAUACCCUGCUGCCUUCACAAAAGGCUCCCAUAUCUGGCAAAAUGUUGGGAAGGGAUGGGAUCUAUACCAAAGGCUAACAGCAUGGUGCAUUGGGGAUGGAAUCCACAUCAAUCUUUGGCAUGACAAUUGGACAGGGAAAAGAACCAUUAGUUCCCUAGUGACUGGUCCUUUGAACAGAGGUGAGGAAACCCAAAUGUUGAAUAGUGUAAUGAGAGAUGACCAUUGGAAUUUGAAUAGUUUGUCCUUCAUUCUCCCUACUGACCUUCUUUUAUGGAUCCAUGCUAUCCCCAUCCCCCAGUUUGGUGAGGAUGUUCCCUUCUGCUCCUUGUUUAAAGGCCUCCACUUUGACUCUAAAACUGCAUACAACACAAUUUGA